CGGGCCGGGCCGGGCUGGCGCGGCGCGGUUCCCGUGCGCACGUCCAGAUCCCCGCGGCCAGCGGCAAGAUGUCGUGGCAUCCACGGUACCGCAGCUCCAAGUUCCGCCACGUGUAUGGCAAAGCCGCCAGCAAGGAUAAGUGCUACGACUGCGUGCCCAUCACCCUCAAUGUCCACGACAACAACUUCUGUGCCGUGAACCCCAACUUCAUUGCGGUGGUGACCGAGUGCGCGGGCGGCGGCGCCUUCCUUGUCCUUCCCAUCAAGCAGACAGGCAAGCUUGAUCCACAUUAUCCCAAAGUGUGUGGGCACAAAGGAAAUGUUCUGGACAUCAAGUGGAACCCAUUCAAUGACUUUGUAAUAGCUUCAUGUUCAGAAGAUGCCACAGUUAAAAUCUGGGACAUCCCAAAUCACUUGCUAAAAAGAAACAUUACCACUCCGAAGAAAGAACUUCUUGGGCAUACUCGAAGAGUCGGUCUGAUUGAAUGGCAUCCCACAGCUGAAAACAUCCUCUUCAGCUCUGGCUAUGACUACAAGAUCAUUAUCUGGAACCUUGAAGUCAAGGAUGCUAUUCUUCGAAAGCCAGUGAAGAUUCUUGAUGCUCACAAAGAUGUGGUCCUCUCCAUGUCAUUCAACACAGAUGGCAGUCUCCUUGCCACUGCUUGCAGGGACAGAAAGAUACGUGUGAUAGACCCUCGUGCUGGAACAGUCCUACAGGAAGGAAGCUACAAGUCUCACAAAGUCAAUAAAGUCUUAUUCCUUGGAAACAUGAAAAAGCUGUUUUCUACUGGAACGUCUUGGUGGAAUAAUAGGCAAAUUGCAUUAUGGGAUCAAGAUGAUCUUUCUGUGCCUUUACUGGAGGAGGAUCUGGAUGGCUCCUCAGGACUACUGUUUCCCGUCUAUGACCCUGACACACACAUGCUUUAUGUGGUGGGAAAGGGUGAUGGAAACAUACGGUACUAUGAGAUAAGCCCUGAGAAACCAUAUCUGAACUACCUGAUGGAAUAUCGUUCUCACUUACCACAGAAAGGAAUUGGAGUGAUGCCAAAGAGAGGUCUUGAUGUGGCAGCUUGUGAAAUUUUCCGUUUCUACAAACUGAUUCCAACUAAAAACCUGAUUGAGCCCAUCUCCAUGAUUGUGCCUCGACGGUCGGAAUCAUACCAGCCAGAUAUCUACCCCUUGACUGCAGCAGCCCAACCGGCACUGACAGCACAAGAAUGGCUCAACGGGAUUAACAAAGGGCCUCUCUUGGUAUCCUUAAGACCAGGCUCUAAAGCUGCAAACUCCCUACCACAGUUUCUUGAGCCAGAACCACUCACGAACGCUACUAACAUGAACCAGGAAGAAGAGGAAAGUAUGUCAGUGGAGGACCAGCAAAAUCCAAGAGGGACUCAAGAUGACAGAAGUUGGCUGGAAGCAGAGGAGAAACUACCAGAAAAUGAGGAAAUGUGCUUCUCCAAUGGAUUUGACAUAUUUGAGUGUCCACCACCAAAAACUGAAAAUGAGCUUUUACAGAUGUAUUACCGGCAACAGGAAGAAAUCCGUCGACUACGUGAGUUAUUAAUCCAGAAAGAUGUCCAACUGAAACAGCUGGAGCUGGAGCUCAGAAACGUCUUCAUGGACACAGACAAUUAAUGAGAUUGCUGGCCUGCAGCUCUUUGUGCUCCUAGACACAGGGGGAGACUCCAGUUCCUGCAGAUAACUCCUCCUAGGUUUUUUACUGGGGGUAAAAUUGGUAUUUCAGGCAGCAUGGACUUCCCUGGCUUGUGGUGGUCACAUUUCCCUAAUCAUCACCAGACAGUUUUUGAUGGAUUUGCUGCGCUUUUUCAGGUUCCCCUUGCUUGUCUGCUCACCAAUGUCAGAAGCUUGUGUGUUAAUGCUAGUGAGAGACUUUGGAAAAUCUUGCUCUUCUGGCCCUGGAGAAGCUACAUGUUAAGCUCUAGGAAUGACCUGUUUUGUUGCCCCUCCACAUGAUAGGAGAAUGGGAGACUGAAGGCAGCUACCGGCUUCUUUUCUCACCCUAGGGCCCAGCAGUGUAGCUCCUGUGGCUGCUGUCCCCUUGCCCAGGGACUCCACUCUGCUGAGCUUCAGAGGCACCUCUAGCUCCAAAGUGAUCCUUAUGCACCUCUCUCACCUGACAGCUUGGCCCUGCCCCCAGGUGGUUCAGGAAAGCCGUGGCUGCCCUGACCUGGUGCUGGGGAUAGUCCCGCUCUGAGUGGGAGGCUGCACUGGGGGUGCCAAGGGCCAGCACUUAUGUGAUAGGAAAAGGAGAGUUGGUGUUGGAGGUCCUACUUUAGAAAGGUGAUGGUGUGGGCUAGUUCUCACCAGAGAAGCUGAAGUGUCUCUAUGUCCUGUGAGUCAGUGGCCUUCUUUCCGUCCUUCUGCCAAAGACCAGCUGCAGUCAGCUGAGGGUCAUCAGAGAUAUGAGGGAAACAUUUAAAACUGCACAGUGUUAACAAUGUGGGAAUUUGCCAAGAGGGUUUAAGAGGAUUAGAGGGGAGUUGGACCCCCAGCCCACUGCAGGCAUUUCAGCAAUGGUGCUAGAAAUGUGUCAACCACAGUAAGAUCACAGGACAGUGGCCAGUCAUGAACAGCCCUCCAGGGUUGCUGGACUGUCACUUGUCCUUAAUGCCUGCAACUGCUGCUUCCUUAGCUCACAGGUGCCAGCACCUUGACCCAUUCCUGCAGCCGUCUACAGGUUUCCUCUGUGUUGUCCAGCCUCCUGCAUCCUCCCAGACUGCUCAGCCUUCCUCAGCCCUGUGGCCACACUGAUCUGUGCCCUUCAGCACCAGCUCUCUGACUUGAUGCUGGAUGUUAUAGUGAUGUCUUAAACCCAGGCAGAGCAAGCAAACACUGUUUAGCCUGUAACUGUGCACCUCCAUUGUGGCACAUAGAAAUCACGGAAUCAACUAGGUCCAGGGGAUAUGUCUAGGACAAAUCCUUGUCACCAGAUGUGUUUUAUUGGCCUUUCUUUUUGCUUAUUUUUUCAUACAAAAUAAAUUAUUUAAAUUAUUUCUAAAGCAAAGUAAUUUUUCCAGGGGAUUUUUACAUCCUCUUGAGGACUGUUUCUUUGUUAUUCGAUGACUGGCUAGCAUAAAGAAUGAUUGGCCACUAUGAUUCUUAUCCUAGAGUUGUGUUGAUUUCUGCAUUUAUGGAAAAGAAGGUUGCUUUCAUUUUGGCUUUGGUGAGACUAUUUAAUGAAAACUUCUUUUUUAGACAGUAUGCCUGUAAAAGCGUGGACUGUGAAAUGUAUUUAAAUUGGAGCUUAGCUGCAACCACUAAUCUUUCACGUGGAAAAAACCUUGAGAAAAUGGAGUUAUGUAUUCAUGAUCUGUGCCUAAAUAGUCUUGAGUGAUCAUUCUAACAGUUUCUAAAACUCCAAAAAGCUUUGUAAAAAACUGUUGAACAUGGGGAUAAAAACCAAAUCUGUGCAAUGAAAAGCAAAUAUAACUGAAUAAUAAAUAUAUUUAGAGUUUUACUUUUUGA